GAAAAGAUUUGAGAUUUCAAAAUCUAAAGUAUGAUAAAUUCAAUGAGUAAUAUUGGGGAUCUACAAAAAUCAGAAAACUUUAUUAUAAAACCAUCUGAAGCUAUAUCUAAACUUGAUACUUCUGAUUGGCCCUUAUUAUUAAAAAAUUUUGAUAAAUUAAAUAUUCGCACAAAUCAUUACACUCCAUUACCUUUUGGGUGUUCACCCCUCAAACGUGAUAUAGUAUCCCAUGUUAGAUCUGGUAUUAUAAAUUUGGACAAACCUGCUAAUCCUUCAUCACAUGAGGUAGUUGCAUGGUUAAAAAGAAUAUUGAGAGUUCAAAAAACUGGUCAUAGUGGCACAUUAGAUCCUAAAGUCACUGGAUGUCUUAUAGUUUGUAUUGACAGAGCUACCAGACUUGUUAAGUCCCAGCAAGGAGCUGGAAAAGAAUAUGUUGGUAUUGUUAAAUUGCACAACAAGGUUGAUGGAGGAAUUAAAAAAAUUAAACAAGCUCUUGAAACCCUGACUGGUGCAUUAUUUCAAAGACCUCCAUUGAUAUCUGCUGUCAAAAGACAACUUAGAAUUAGAACUAUCUAUGAAAGCAAGCUAAUUGAAUAUGAUGAAAGCACAAAUCAAAUCGUCUUUUGGGUAUCAUGCGAGGCUGGCACCUACAUUCGGACUCUUUGCGUGCAUCUUGGUCUCUUACUUGGCGUCGGCGGCCAGAUGAGCGAAUUGAGGCGGGUAAGAUCAGGCAUAAACCACGAAAACUCUCCCAGUCUCGUUACGGCCCAUGACUUACUAGACGCCCAAUGGCUUUACGAUAAUCAUCGGGACGAGACUUACCUCAGGAGAUGUAUCUUGCCACUUGAGAGCUUGCUAACUGGCCAUAAACGUAUCGUUAUGAAAGAUAGUGCCGUAAAUGCUAUAUGUUAUGGAGCCAAGAUAAUGUUACCCGGUGUAUUGCGAUACGAAGACAAUAUCGAAAUUAAUGAAGAAAUCGUCUGCAUAACUACCAAAGGAGAAGCGAUAUGUCUGGCAAUCGGCCUAAUGACUUCAGCUACUAUAGCGUCAUGCGACCAUGGAUGUGUGGCCAAGAUAAAGCGGGUUAUUAUGGAAAGAGAUACCUAUCCUAGAAAAUGGGGAUUGGGACCUAAGGCUUCCUUGAAAAAACUAAUGGUCAAAGAAGGUUUGUUAGAUGAUCGAGGCAGACCUAAUGAUGCCACUCCAGAAUCAUGGUUAGAAUUGCUAAAGAAAGAGGCUACCUUCGAAAGCGUUGCAAAACUCAAAAAACAAACACUCGAUACAGACACUCUACUAAAUAAUUAUAUAAAACAAGAAAUCGAAUCCAACAAUAACAAUCAAUCCAUUUCAUCCAAAUGUCAUACCAGUUCAAGUACUACUAAUAUCGAACUACUUGAAAGCCUGGGCGAUGAGCAUUUAACCUCGGUUACAAAGAAGAAGAAGAAGAAAAAUGUUAAAAAGGAAAAAACAUCCGAACAAUGCAAUGGCGCCACCACUGACGAUGAUCGCACUACCAAUACUAUAUCAGAAUACGAAGAAAGCGUUACUGUUAAAGAGGAAUAUAUAUCUGCGGGGGAGGAGCUAUCAGAAAGCACGAAAAAAAAGAAGAAGAAAAUGAAAUUACAGUAAUCGAAUCGCAAAUAAUUAUUUUGAAACGUAUACUAUUAUUAUUAAAGUGCAUAAUAAUCUGAAAAUUGUAUAGUAUUUUUUUGUUUAAAAUAAUAUCCGUUUUUUGGAAUACAUCGAUUAUACUCUAAUAUUUCAUGAUAUAUAUUGCAAAUGGCUCAAAAAUUAUAUUCAAAAUUCCAGGCUUCACAAAUUUAAUUAUGUAAUCAUAUUAUUUUUAAAUUGAUACAAAAAUCAUUAGUCAAUAUUUUUUUCUUCAAAUCAUGAAUAUUAUAAAUAUG